ACUAGAAAGGUUUUGGAACGCAUUUUAGAGCGACAAAAUGGCUCUAACCAGAGAGUCUGGUAGGCUGUCAAUUCAACUGUUGAGAAAUAAAACAUGUUUGUACACUACAGUGAGAUGUUAUGACAAACCACUUCCAUGGAACCACCUCUGGCAGCCAAAAGAAUAUUCAAAAAAGGAUCAUGACAAGAUCGCCGAGAAAUAUCAUUUGCAUCCUAAGGAAUAUCAACCUUAUCCCCCUGACAAAUGUCUUGGUGACUACCCGAAUCUACCCAAGAUAGGACCGGCUGCUAAAGAUCCAUACUAUCCAUAUGACAUACCGAUAUACAGGAAAAAUUAUCAUGAAACGUUACACCAUGAGUUUGAAACUAUGGGCGAAGAUCGUUUCAGUUAUGGCUAUAAGUACAGAAUUAAUCCAUAUUUGGCAUCUGCAAUAUGGCUUGCAACUAUGACUGUUUUAGCAGGAAUCAAUUACUUGUUACAACCUUACCCAAUUGUUCAGAUAAGGAUGGAGAGACAGUAUGCCACGAAGGAUGUAGUACACUAUUCAUUUGAACCAGCAGAUUCGUGAAAGUAGGACGAGCAGCCUCGAGUAAAUAUAAUAGAUACAUGAAAAACAGCAGUCUGAUAUAAUGUAUAAAUAUCAUGUAUAAAUACAUGAGUUCUAAUAUACACAUGGAUAGUAUUUAUAUUAUACAACACAUAUAUCUUUGUUGUGUUAUAAUAUUUCGGCAACAUUUUUCGUCAC